ACUGACGUCCCACCACUCUGAGAUUUUCAUCCCUCAUAAUGUCUUGGGAGUCACCGCUGGAGGGCUUCGAGAAUGCAGAGCCAUUGCCCGAGAAGUUCAACGCUGACGGGAAGUCUCUCUACAAUCCGCCUGGCCCUAGGUCGUCUGCCUACGACGAAUUUCCGAAACCUAUCGAUCCAUCCAACAAUGGUUUUGACUUCCACAUCUACUAUAUGCAGUCAGUCCCUUCCCAGGCAAAGUUUGCUAAAGAAUUGCAUGAACGUGUGAGGCGCGAAUUUCCGGAGCUUCGAAUUUACCGUUUCUGGGAUAAGCCUGUCGGCCCUCACCCAGUUGCAAUGUUCGAAGUGAACACAUUCACGCCUCACCAAACUGGUGCUCUCUUUUCCUGGUUGGUGGUUAACCGAGGACCAUGCUCUGUUCUUAUUCAUCCAAACACUAAUGAUGCCUACCGCGACCAUACGGAACGCGUAACUUGGAUAGGUCAACCAUGGCCUUUGAAUACCGAAUUAUUGAAGAAGCAUUAAUUGCGACUCUCGUAAACACAAGUCUGCAGAAUGAUGGAGGACUUUUGCAUUAUCGCUACGUAGUAGGCUGUAUUAUGACCAUCGUGUAUCCGUUCAUAAUGUGGAAAUAUGGAAACGCACCGAAUACAGUGACGUUAGGUAUUGCUUCAAACCAAAGUUCAGACAUAAAUAUUAUUCAGAGGA